AUGGAGCGUGACAUCAGACGAGACAGAGGCCAGUGGAAGGGAUGUUACACCUUCAAGGACAUCAUCUGCGAUGGUGACUCUGGCCGGACCACAAAGCGGAACGGUGGCUUGAAGAUGGGCCAGACAUAUUACUUUUAUUACGAGCUAGAUGGCGCGGCUGAGACACAUGAUCCUGCUCUUCCCUCAACAAAUAACUGCCCAUAUCUCCCCGGCCAGACUGUCAACACUCUCUACGUUCCUGUCGAGCAUACCCUCAGGAACCGCAGCGCAUCCACCAACUCCCUCCGCGAGGAAAACUACAUGACCAUGAACCCAAACGACAGGUACAGCACGCCGCAACCGGCAGUCGUCUCAUUGAUGAACGCCGCUUCCCGUGCCGCUACCGCCCCUCUACCUGAACUCAAGCGCUCUGCCAGGUCCAACUCACCUGGUUCCAGUUGGUUCUCGCCACGCCGGUUGUUCGGUCGCAAGCAAAGCUCUUCCUCCCUGCCCGAGAUCAGGGCACCAACACCUACCGAUGAUACUCGGAGUAUCAGGUCAUCCGGGUCGAGCAAGUCCAGGGACAUGUCGCCCGAGUCGCUUCGCCGGUUCCUGUCUGAUGAUGUACUACCUGAAGAGGAGUACCAGACAGUGGAUCGUCCAGCCAUCACCAUCCCCGAUGACAUCGCCGAGGAGAACGAAGAUGACGAUAUGUUUGCCACAUCUGCCGUGUCGGAAUACAUGCAGUUCACUGGCCUCUCUCCUCCACCAUCUCAACGCUCCCUCACUCCCUCUCCCCCUGUCGAAUCCGAUGAGGCUCCUACACCUACUCUUGCCGCUACGGUGCCCUGCCUCAAUCUUUCGGUCCCCACGCUGUCUCUCGUUGACACCAGCUCACCUCAAUCCCCGGCCAAUUCGCCUCCGGCUUUCUACCACUCUGACGACGACGAGGAUGAGACUCCCGAGGAUGACCUCCUCCCUCUUCCCAUGCUCGACUACAGCACAGCCCGCAAGGCUUCUGCCGGCUCAGUCAGAAGCACCCUCUCCACCUACAGCCUUCCCCAAUCUUCUCCCCAGGAAGAGAAGUCAAAGUCCUCUCUCAUGGUCCCCAGGAUCGAGACCAACAUUCCUGUCUCUCAUACAUCUUUCCUUAACAGCCCUACUCCCAACUCGGGUCUGGAAGAGUUGAUGAACGAGUUGGGUUGGAUGGCUGAUGCCAUUCGUGGUUAA